AUAAACGAUGUUACAUCCAUUGACCAUUCCGACACAACACUAGGUUCCUAACCACAACAGUUGUUUAUUUAUGUUCAUUAACGAAUUGAUAAACGUUCCGCAGUGAAAAUACAUAAUUAAUUAUCUCUUAAAAUAGUGAACAUGUCGCAAGGAGCUCAGGAAAAUCCAUCACUGGGUAAUUUACAGUCUGUGGGACCCAACAAUCAGUCCCCUAUGACAAUGCAGAGUAAUUCGUCAGAGUCCAAUCAGCAAAAUCAACAACAACAGAAUGCUCACACAACACAGCAGAAACCAAGUCAACAGUUAUCGUCAACCCCUGAUUUCUUAACGAAGGCGAGACUUCAAGAGCUAGUUAAGGAAGUCGACCCAUCAGAGCAGUUGGAUGAGGAGGUCGAGGAGAUGCUCCUACAGCUUGCCGAUGACUUUGUGGAGACUACUGUCAAUGCAGCUUGUCUACUAGCUAAACAUCGACAUGCUAAUACAGUGGAGGUCAAAGAUGUACAGUUGCAUUUAGAGAGGAAUUGGAAUAUGUGGAUCCCAGGCUUCGGCACGGACGAGGUCCGUCCAUACAAGCGUGCGACAGUGACAGAAGCCCACAAACAACGUUUGGCAUUAAUAAGAAAGUCUAUAAAAAAAUACUAGGUUCUUUCUUCAAAAAAAUUAUCUCUUUUAUUAAUAAUAAUGUUUCCACUGAAUAAGACUCCAGCUCAAAUCACUGACACUUGAUUUAAUCAUGUAAAGCGUAUUUGUCGAGUGCGACUGAUCGAAAAGUGUCUUCAACAAGAUCAGCGAGACACCUGACAGCCUGAAGCAGUGCCGCCAGUAAAAGUGAAAACGAGAGAGAUAUCAAUUUGCCUGGUACAAGUGCAUUAUCCGCAUUAGGCAGCGAAUUAAUUCUCGAAUAAUUCUUCUCCUUUGCCAUCGAAUCAUCGAUCUUUAUGUCAACAUGAUUGCCGAUAUUAUCCGAUUUUGCUGUACAAAUAUUAUCGAAUUUACGUCGACAGUCCCUAGCUCUCUCAUUAAUUUCAUUGAAAAUACAAUCAUUUGAUUUAAUACUGGGA